AUGCAAAACAGCGAGGAGGAACUCUUUGCCGAAAUUGCUUCAAUUGAUUUUCUUAAGUUCUCAUUCAACUCCCGGUCGUACGAACAACAACUGAAGGACGCUUAUAAACGCUCUGGCCACGUAUGUGGCGUCACAUGCUUACUCCGCUACAUAGGCGGUAUUAAGGUGGUAUGGCUCCGUCACGAGUUCGACUUUAUCGGUGGGUCCCUUGGCUGUGCUGAAGGAGAAAAGUUAUGUCGUGGUAUAGAGCACGCCAUCAACGAGAAACUUCCCGUCGUCAUUGAAAUUCGUUCUGGUGGGGCUCGAAUGCAAGAAGGGACCCUCUCCUUAAUGCAAAUGGCGAAAGUCAGUGUUGCGGUCCAAGCACUUAAAGGACGACAUCUUCCGUUGAUUACUGUGUUCCAAGACCCAACAUUUGGAGGGACAACGGCGUCAUAUGCCAUGCAGUCUGAUAUACGUAUAGGGGUACAUGGCACACGAAUUGGAUUUGCUGGUGAGAAAGUCAUCUUGAAUACUGUGUAUCGAAUGAAUCAAGAGAAGUAUGACCAAAAUUGUCCAAAAGGGUUUCAAACGACUCAAUUUCUAUAUGACCAUGGGCAAUUAGAUAUUGCCACUUCAGCCGAUGAACUCGACACAACAGUCGUCCGGAUUUUGAAAAUUCUGUUAGCAAAAAGCACGGGAGUGACCGUGGAAAAACCCGUUCAGAACGAAGAACCAACUCAUCACGAGUAUUUGUUUAAUUACAACGACUCUCGAAGGGAAGACAGAGUACAAGGCAUUGAUAUCUUGAAUAAAGUCUUUGACGGAUUUAUCGAAUUACAUGGAGAUGGGAAAGUCGGGUCUGAUAAGUGUGUUUGUGGUGGUCUUGCCACGUUUAAAGGGUAUCCAGUGAUGGCCAUUUGCAUGAAGAAAGGCCACAACCCAAACGAAAUGAUUGACUCCAACUUUGGAAUGGCGACGCCAGCGGGAUAUCGUACUGCGUCGCGUUUGAUGAAGUUGGCCGAGCAGUUUGGUCUUCCUGUAAUUACAUUAGUGGACACUCCGGGGGCUUAUCCGUCGUUUGAAAGUGAAAUAGAAGGACAGCCGGAGGCUAUAGCGUAUUCCCUUGUAACUAUGGCAUCUCUUCGAGUACCUAUUAUAACACUAUUUGUAGGGGAAGGAGGAAGUGGUGGAGCUCUAGGAAUUGCUAUGGGGAAUACCAUAGGGAUGUUAUCUGGUGGGUAUUAUGGUGUAAUAACCCCUGAAGGAGCCGCAAGUAUUCUCUGCAAAUACACCACUGAAGAAGAAAAGAUCGCGAAGUUCCAGACUGAUUGUGCUGAAAUAGCAAAGAAGCAAGGGAUCUACUGUGUAGACUUAAAGCGCCUUGGGGUGAUCGACGAAAUCAUCGACGAAGUUCCAAAUGAGAAUUACAAGAACUUCCCAAUUUUGUUGAAGAGAGUGUCAAGCUUCAUCCAAGGAGCUUUGUCGACGUUGGUUGGGAUGCAACCCGGUGAAUUGGUUUCGAGUCGAAUGAAAAAGUUCCGGUUGAUGGGGAUCUAUGGUCACUGCAAUAUAACACCACGAGAUAUGUCGCCCGUUCCAAAACUCGGAGGUGCUACUCCUGCGCCGGUGACACCAUAUAAAGCAGCACCAACGCCACAAAACAAUGUACUGACUCAAAGUGGGAACAUAGCAGGACUUGUUUCAUUUAUAGCGGGAGUUACAGUGAAUGCUCCUGUCUCAAGCCGAAAGGGAAAUGUCCCCUCCGACUGCUUUGUAUUGAAAAGACUAGUCCCAGAAAAGGUUAUUAAAGUAGCUCGUGAGGACAGUGCAAAAGGGAUUUUGGAUAGUAAGGGUCCUGAAGAGUUGAUGAAAUGGGUCCAGAGCAGAAAGGAACUUUUGAUCACAGACACCACAAUGAGAGACGCCCAACAGUCAUUAAUAGCUACACGAGUACGAACUGCCGAUUUAUUAACAGUUGCAGAGGAACAAGGAACUCAACUUGAUGGAGCAUUUUCGAUGGAAAUGUGGGGAGGCGCGACGUUUGAUGUGUGUUACAGUUUCUUGCACGAGUCACCAUGGGAGAGAUUACGACUGUUGCGAGAGAAGAUACCAAAUGUGAUGUUCCAGAUGUUGUUGCGUGGGAGAAAUGCAGUUGGGUAUAUGAACUACCCCGAGAACUUAAUCAAAGAGUUUGUGAAUCAGUCUGCGACGAUUGGCAUCGAUGUCUUCAGAAUAUUUGAUUGUUUCAAUGACAUCAAUUCGAUGGAAACGUGUGUCAAAGCGGUAAGAGAAGCAAACAAGGUAGCGCAGUGUUGCAUAUGCUUUACCGGCGAUUUCAUGAGUCCGGAGGAGAAGAUAUACACAUUGGACUAUUACAAGGGAGUUGCUAAGAAGAUCACAGAAAUCCAAGCUCACUGCAUUUGUAUCAAAGACAUGGCUGGGCUCUUUAAACCACAGAUGGCUGUGCCAUUCUUAAAGGCUUUGAGAGAAGUCACGGACCUUCCUAUUUUCUUCCAUUCCCAUAACACCAGUGGCACUAUGUUGAACACUUUAAUUGCACUUUCUGCGGCGGGAGUAGCGGGGGUCGAUGUUGCUCUUCCAUCAAUGAGCGAUUGCACUUCACAGCCAUCAAUGGGCGCUUUACUCGCGUGUUUGGAAGGAGGCGAGCGUGCUCCGAAAAUAGAUUACCGUAAAUUGGAGCGCGUCGACUCGCAGUGGAGAAGCAUCCGUUCGCUCUACUUUAACAACGAAAGUGGAAUGAAGGGUGGAACAACGCGAGUGUAUGAACAUCAAAUGCCCGGUGGACAGUACUCCAAUUUACAGGCGCAAUGCAAAGCACUUGGGUUAUGGGAUCGAUGGGAUGAAAUCACACAGAUGUAUGCAGAUGUCAAUAAAGUGUUAGGGGACAUCAUCAAAGUAACACCGUCGAGCAAAGUUGUUGGUGAUUUGGCACUCUUCUUAGUGAACAAAGGAUUAAAAGCUAGUGAUGUAAUGGAUAAAGACGUUCACAUAGAAUUUCCUGAGAGUGUGAUAGGGUUGGCUAGUGGCAAACUUGGAUAUCCACACAAAGGGUUUCCGGAAGGAUUUGUUGAGAGAGUGUUGGCGAAGAAAGUAGUGGUUCAUGAAGAUCCGGCGCCUUACGAAUUCAAUACGGCGCGCUCUUAUUUGCAAGGGAAGUAUGGGAGAAACUUCAAAAUGGAGGAAGUUGUGAGUUACGGGUUAUAUCCAAAACAAUAUGAGGCGUUCUUAGAGUUCCACAAAAAGAAUGGAGGAGACUAUUUAUUGACAUUGCCAUCAAUGGUGUUCUUCUUUGGAAUGAAUGUGAAUCAAAGCAUUACCGUUGUUCCUUGUGAUAAACAAAGGUACGACGAUGUCAACAUCAAAUUGAUUCGUAUUGGGCCAAUCAACUUGGAUGAUGUCAGACCUUUGUUCUUUGUCGUGAAUGGUAGUCGUCACGAUGUUAAAGUGCAAGAAGGUGUUUGCAAGCGAUGCAUGUUACAACCGGCAGAUCCUAAGAAUCAGACGCACAUAGGAUCUCCACUGAGUGGAAAUGUUGGGAAUGUGACCGUGAAAGAAGGCGAUGAAGUGUUGAAAGGUGCUCCAAUAAUGACAGUUGAAGCUAUGAAAAUGAAGAUUACAGUGGGUGCUCCAUUCAGAGGGAUAGUCAAAAAAAUCAUGGCUGCUGAAGAAGCAAAAGUAGAGAAUGGAACACUUCUAGCUAUAAUAACCCCUCUCGAUAAGUAA